AACUGUGAAUUAUAUUAUUUUCCUGCCAGUAAAAUGAACAGAUUCAAUGGAACGAAAGGAAAUGGUGUCUAUGAGAUCUGAUAACACGGAAGAUAUAUGGCUAUGGUGGACCAACAUAACUCAGUAACGGGACAGGGUUUGCCAUUGUUUAACUACUAUGUAGUUUUGGUUAAUUUUUAAAGUAUGUGUUAUGCACACAUACAUAAAUAAAAAAUGUUAAUUACCAACGUUUAGAAACAGGCUGCUGAAACGAGUUAAAAGUAUAUAGAACUAUAGUUAUUUAAGUUUACCUGCUAAACUUCCUGGAAGCAGAUUUGAAGUAAUCGUCCAGUUCAUUAGUAAAUAUCAGGUUAUUUUUCAUGGUAGCAGGUCUGAUAUAUUUAAUAAAAUCGGAGUACUGAAUUGCACAGUUAUUUGACUUGCACCGUUACCUGUUGGCUUGGGGAUAUGAGUGAAGAUGUUUUACAGGGCAUGGAAAACUCAGCUGCAUCUGUCCUGAUGAGAGCCGUCGAACUUGAUCACAAUUCUCGUUUCGAAGACUCACUUAUCUGUUAUCAAGAGGGUAUAGAUUUACUCUUGAAAGUAUUAAAAGGUCUCAAAGAUGAAACAAAAAAAAGUUAUUAUCGUCAGAAAAUCGAAGGCUACAUGAGCAGAGCAGAACAAAUUAAAAAACAUGUGAGUCAGCAGAAAGAAGAAGGUAAAUACCACAAGCAGAUACGGAUUGAAGAUAAUGCAACAGGUUACAGCUAUGAGAAGCUUUUCAAGCCAUACCUAAAUGAAAUGGUAUACGAGGUCUGGGUCCAAGAUCCCUACGUUAGACUGGUGCACCAGCUGUACAACUUUUUACGUUUUUGUGAGAUGCUAAUAAAGGGACCAUGCAGGAUGAAGAAAAUUAAUUUAUUAACAACACUGGAAGACGGGAAUGGAAAGGGACAGCAGUUAAGUGCACUAGACGAUAUAAAAAAGUCUUUGAUGACGUAUGGAGUAACAUUGGAAAUUGCAUUCUCCAAUUCAAUACAUGACAGAGAAAUCAGGUUCAAUAAUGGAUGGAUGGUCAAAAUAGGACGUGGACUGGAUUACUUCAAAAAAACUGAGAGUCGUUUUGCUAUUGGUUAUUGUGACUACGAUCUUAGACAGUGCUACGAAACAACAGUGGAUAUUUUUCAUGCCAAACAUACAAAGGCCCUCUCAUCUUAAGGCUUAUUUUUUCAUAUAUUGCUUUUGUACAUACCCUUACAUUAAAAUGUUAAUAUAUUUAUGUGUGCAGAUAUGAUGAUGUUGAAGACAUUUCUAUGUGUUGUCUGCUUUGUAAUGCCUUUUACAAAAAAUGUAACCAGUACUGUCUUUCUGAGCCAGAGCACUGACCUUGAAGCAGGGCAUUGUACUACUAUGGGGAGAGUUAAGUUUAGCUGAAGAGAUGUUGGCUAAAGUAGGUGUUUCUCUUGAGAUCCAGGGCAGUAGAUUUUUUUGCUCAGUGGAAUCCGGCCAAAUGUAUAUAUUAGCCAAAAAUUGCAGUGUAGGGGGGGAGUGCGGAGCAUAGCUUUCUCUCUGUGAUUUGUGGGUUAGAGAAAAAUGUUUGGUUGUUUUGGGCAAUUUGUUAUUUGGAUUCCUCUUCGUUACUGAGCCUGUAUUGGGAUACCUUGCUCCUUGCUAAGGAAAGGUUGUAAGUAAGUUUCAGACUAUACUUCAGUCAGAGAGGAAGAAGCAUUGUCCUGCACAUACAUAUGCUGUCCAUGCAGAUUUUAUCAAGGUGUUUUCUCAUUAUAGUUGAAGAAAAAUGAGUAAAACUGCAGCAGUUG